GCAGGACUCAUUGCAAAGGUUAAGCUUGAUCUGCUGUCAUGUGUUGAGAUGCGCGCCAUGCGCCCAGGUGACACCAAGCAUGACAUGUACAAAGACACAGGUGCAGUUGAGAGUAUGCUGCUUGUCAUGUUUGAGCUGGAGUAUAGUGAUAGUAUUGAGCAGCUGGAGGUGGAGAUGCAGGUCGAGAUGAGGAUGUGGUUUGAUGCGAUCCAGUUUUUGCUAUAA